AUGGAGUUACCCAAGAUGGCAGCUUUAGGAACGGCUCUCCUCACUUUAGCAUCAGUCCUCCUGCACGUGGCGAGAUGUCAGGGGAUCAUGGGAAAAGGAAAAGACAGCUCGCCCCUGAGGUUCACGCAUCAUCUCUACAACGCCACCAUCUACGAGAACUGUGCCCCGCGGACAUUUGUUGAGACGCCAGUAAAGAUGGGCAUCGAGGUCUCACGUCUGUCCGGGGAGAUCAAAUACGACAUCAUCUCAGGCGACGAAGACGACCUUUUUCAAGCAGAGGCAGUUAAAGUUGGAGAUUUCUGCUUCCUCAGGAUCAAAACACGAAGCAGUAACUAUGCACUCCUCAACAGGGAGGUCAGAGACGCCUACACUCUCACAGUGGCGGCGACUGAAAACACUUUUGACUUCCAGGCGAAGACAAAGGUGUUUGUCCAAGUGCUUGACACCAACGACCUAAAGGCUCUUUUCUAUCCUGCCUCGUACAACGAGGCCAUCAGGGAGGACACUCCACUUAAGUCAAGUGUGGUGAGGGUAAGCGCUACGGACGCCGACAUCGGGAGCAACGCUCGUUUUUAUUACUCGUUCACCAGCAGAGCUCAUCCUUUUGUCGUUGACCCUUUCAGCGGCACAAUUAGCCUCAUCAAGAAGCUCAACCACACCCGAACAGAGAGGUACGACCUCACGGUUUUAGCUGAGGACCGGACAAAGAAGAUGUCUGGAGUUCAAAAAUUUGGUAAUGUUGCCAAAGUGACAAUUAAUGUUCAAAAGAUGCCCAUGGGGUCUCCGGUUAUCAAACCUCCCCCCAAGCCCACAGUAUCUACAGAUGGCAAAAUAACUAUCAAUGUCCACGUGGAGGCAGGAGUUAAGCCUGUGGAAUCCCUAAAUAUUGUUGGAGGGGAUCCUCACAAGUGUUUUGAGAUAAUCCCUUUAGGUGUUCAGGGCAGUGACUUCCAAGUAAUCUCUACAAAGAGGAUUAUCUGGUCUCAGACUCCUUUUGGGUUGAAUCUGACCCUUCAAGCUAAAGACAGGAGCUUCCCGAGUGUACGCUCUCCAAUUACCCUAAUCCAUGUUCCGGCCUAUCAUUACAGCCCCUUGGCAUUUUUAGAGGACACCUACAUUGUCACCCUGAGCGAGUUUGCACCACCUAAAACUCACGUGGUUAAGGUUUCGGUCGCCUCGGUACCUUAUAAUGUCACCUUCAGUAUCAAAAAUAAUCCGGACAGCACUAAAUUCAAAAUAAAUCCCAAAACAGGAAUUAUCAUAACGACGGAGAAAUUUGACUACGAGAGUAAGGAGCGAUACGAGUUCGAUGUAGUGGCCAAUCAUGGCGAUGCUGAAACUCACAUAGUGAUCGAGAUAACAGAUGAAAACGACAACAGCCCACAGUUCACACACACCUCCUAUCAGGCCGCACUGGAUGAAAACACCCCUGUUGGCAGCAGCGUUUUGAAAGUCGCCGCCACAGACAAAGAUAAAGGAAAGAACGGCUUUGUGACUUAUUCUAUUGCGAACGCGGGUCCCUUACCUUUCACGAUAGACCCAUUCACGGGUGUCAUCUCUACCUCCGAAGACUUGGACUACGAGCUGAUGAAACGGCGGUACCACCUGAGAGUUUGGGCCUCAGACAGCGGCAGCCCCUUCAGUCAGGUCAGCGAAUGCCCCGUUACGAUAACCCUGAACAACGUGAACGAUAACAUCCCUCUGUUUGAGAGGGUGGGCUGCAACACCACCAUACCUCAAGAUUUACCCGUGGGACGCACAAUCGCUGAGCUGUCCGCCAUUGAUGUGGAUGAGCUGCAGCAGCUGAGUUACGUCUUCGAGUCCGGAAAUGAGCUCCAGGUAUUUGCAAUUGACCGGGUGUCAGGAGCCAUCACCCUCAAGCAGCCUAUUCCCCUGCGGGAGGGUUCGUUCAAUUUGAGAGUUGUGGCCACCGACGUCGAACAUUUCUCCGAAGCUUCACUUGUCAGGGUAACCGUCACUAACAGAGGCGAUGAUGCAACGGUCCGCUGUCAGGAAACGGGCGUUUUCAAACAGCUGACGGACAAACUGAUCGAGUCAAUCAAGCCCAUUUUAACCAACCAAGAGGAAGACACAUUCUCUGAUAUUCACAUCACCAACCGGCACUCUCCCAAGUUCGACUUGAGCAUCCCGGGUUCAAUCGACCUGAUAGAGGACCAUCCGCUGAAUUCCACCAUAGUUCAGUUCAAGGCAACAGACACGGACACGGGGUUUAAUAGCAAGCUGGUGUACGCCAUAUCAAAUGGGAAUGAGGACGGCUGUUUCUCCAUCGACACUUUCUCCGGUGACCUUCAGUUGGUUUGCCCUUUAGAUAGAGAGAGUAAAGAGUUUUACAUUUUGAACAUCACUGUUUAUGAUUUGGGAACGCCGCAGACAUCCGCGUGGAAGUUCGUUGCAGUAAACGUCAUGGACGUCAACGACAAUCCCCCUGUUUUCGAUCAGCCCAGGUAUGUGAUACGUGUGCCUGAAAACACAGAGGUGGACUCCAUCAUUUUUACAGCUCGCGCAAUAGAUCCUGACGUUGAUAUGAGCGGUAGUGUCCAGUACUCCCUGCUGACGUCUACCGAGAUGUUCAGAAUUGACGAAGCGACCGGUGAGGUGACUGUGGCGAGUGGUUUGGAUCGAGAAACCUCACCCAGGCACGACCUCAGGAUCGUAGCCAGAGACCAAGCCAGACUCGGCCCUCAGUUGUUCUCCAUGGUUGACCUUGUGGUGGUUUUGCAAGACAUAAAUGACAACCGACCCAAGUUUGUACCCAGAGUUUACAAAAUAAAGGUUCCAGAGGAUGUACCGGUGGGCACCCUCCUCGUGUGGGUUGAGAGUGUUGACUUGGAUCAGGGCAGCGGAGGCCUUGUCACCUACAACCUCAAGAAUACAGAAGGCGGGAUCUUUCACCUCGACUCCUCCACGGGGGCCUUGGUCCUCGAGAGGGAGCUGGACUUUGAGAGGCGGUCGGUUUACAACCUCACGGUCCGGGCCGUCGAUCACGGACUCCCUCGCUCCCUCUCCUCUUCUUGCUUUGUGGAGAUUCAGGUCCUGGAUGUCAACGAGAACCUCCACAGGCCUGUGUUCUCAGAGUUUGUGUAUGAAGCCGGCGUGAUGGAGGAUGCAGCGGUGGGGACAACAGUGGUCACGCUUACGGCUUCAGACAAGGACCUGGGCAGAGAUGGAGUAGUCCGGUACCACAUCAACGAAGGCUCUGGUCUUGGGGUGUUCACCAUUGACGAGGAAACGGGUGUGAUUCGUACAACAGAGGCGUUGGACCGCGAGAUGAUGCCUCACUACUGGCUCUCUGUGUACGUCACCGAUCUGGGCACCGAGCCUCUGAUCUCCUGGACUCACGUCUUCCUGGAGGUCCUGGACGUCAACGAUAACGCUCCAGAACUUUCUCAGCCGGUGUAUUUCGCCUCCGUCCGAGAGAACGUGGACACGGUCAAGUCCGUCGUCCAGGUGUCGGCCAAAGACGCGGACAGCUCCUCUGACGGGAAGCUGUCCUUCCAGAUGCUGGAAUCUCAUCGGACGUUCUUCGAUGUGGAUCCCCAAACAGGCGUUAUCAGAACCCUCUCAGCGUUGGACCGGGAGGAUAAAUCAGAACACAUCGUUGAGGUGAUCGUAUCAGAUAACGGAUCUCCGUCUCUGCGCUCCACCGCCACCGUCGUGAUCCGAGUCCUGGACGCCAACGACAACCGACCCAAGUUCACCGACAAGCUCUUCCAAGUCAAGCUGCCCGAGCAGCGGCAGCGUGCGGGCAAACAGGAAGUGUGCAGGAUGGUCGCCCGGGACGACGACGAGGGCUUGAACGCCGUCGUGACCUACAAGUUCCAAGACAACAAGGACGAGGGUUUCGAGAUCGACAAUGUGACGGGGGUGGUGACAUCACAAGGAGAUUUCUGGCCUGGAAACUACAGUAUUCUCACGAUUAAAGCUACAGACCAGGGCAGCCCGCCACGCUCGUUCACGGCGAGACUGGACAUCGAGUGGAUCGCCCGCCCGCCGCCCUCCGACGAGCCAAUCACGUUUGACGAGCCCUUCACCUUCGCCGUCAUGGAAACGGAGCCUGUCACUCACAUGGUGGGCAUCAUCAUGACGGAGACGCACCGGCAGAGGUGGUUCGACAUCAUAGGUGGCGAUGAGGAAAAGGACUUUGACAUCCAGAGAAACACAGGAACAAUCUCCAUCGCCCGCCGGCUCGACGCGGCUCGGCGCUCAAACUACAACAUGACGGUGCGGGUCACCGAUGGCCACCACAGCGCCACCACACAGGCCUACAUCCGUGUGCUGGACAUGAAUGAGCAUCGCCCCGUCUUCCUGAGUCAGCUAUACCAGGUGAUUGUUCCUGAGGACACGUCUCCGUGGAAGGACAUCCUGCAGAUCAGCGCUCGGGACGCCGACGCCAACAGUAAGCUGGUGUUCUCCAUCCACAGCAGCCUGCAUCCGGACAGCACCAAGUUCUUCCACCUGGACCCAAAGAGUGGAGUCCUGGUGAUGACGGAAGAGCUCGACUACGAGACGAUCUCCGUCCACACGCUCAUCGUCAUGGUGCGUGACCAGGAGAUCCCAGUGAAGAGGAACUUUGUGAAGGUGGUGGUUCAUGUGGAGGACUGUAACGACCACUCGCCGGCCUUCCUCAGCCCUCGCUACGAGGCCAGCGUCUCCAGCUUGGCCCCUAGAGGCUCCGAGGUCGUCCGGGUCAAGGCCCUGGACAAGGACAAGGGCAGCAAUGCCAUCAUCAGCUACUCUCUGAACUCCGGUAACAUCGACAACAUCUUCUCCAUUGAUCCUGUUCUGGGCUCCAUCACUGUGGUAAAACCUCUGGACCUCCAGCCUCAGGACCGGUUCCACUUGACGGUGAAGGCCACGGAUCAGGGUUUCCCUCAGCGCAGUGACCUCUGCUCCGUCCACGUCCACAUCCGCAUCUCCGACCAAACCCCACCUGCCUUCUCCUCCGAUGAAUACCUAACUGAGAUCAGUGAAUUAAGCACCUUCGGAACUCCAGUGGUCACCAUCUCGGCUUCCAGCCCCGCUGCAGUGCAUUAUGGGAUAGCAAGUGGCAACUCUGAUGGAACAUUUCACAUCAACCCAUACACUGGGUUGAUUUCAACCCAAAAGCAGCUUGAUUUUGAGACCUGUACCUCCUACAAGCUCAAAGUAACAGCUUCCACGGCGGCCGGAGCCUCGUCAAACACCGUCGUUAACAUCUUCGUGAUUGACGAGAACGACAACGCUCCCGUCUUUCAGCGGCACGAGUACCUUGGACAAAUAAGCGAGUCGGCUCACAUGAACAGCAUGGUAAUGGGAGAAAGAAACACCCCUCUGGUCAUCCAAGCCUCAGAUGACGACAAAGAUUCAAAUUCUCUGCUGGCGUAUCAGAUCCUCGAACCGGAGGCCCUGAACGUCUUCAAGAUAGACUCGAGUAUGGGCACCAUCUCUUUAAUCUCACCCGUUGACUUUGAAGCCAGGGCCGAGUAUCACUUCACGGUGCAGGUGAAGGACUCGGGGGAGCCCUCGCUGUAUGCAACGGAGCCCGCCAAGGUCACUGUUCGCGUCCUGGACCUGAAUGACUGCCCGCCACAAUUUGCCACCCCUGUGUACGAGACAUCCGUCAUCUUCCCGGCUGUCAGAGACACAGAGGUGGUGCGCGUCGCGGCCCAUGAUCCCGACUCGGCGGUCUCGUACAGCAUCGCCGAGGGGAAUCUACACAAUGCCUUUUCAAUUCAUCCCAAUACUGGAGUCAUCACCGUGACUAACGUGUCUGAGUUCAGGCCUUUUUAUGAGCUGGUUGUCAGAGCCUCCGACGGCCUCUACAAAGACUCAGCUACCGUCAAAGUAAAUGUAACAAACCUCACAGAGAGCAAUCUUGGAUUUCAGCAGAAAGUGUAUUCAGCAAGCGUCACAGAAAACCUAAAAACAGUCAAAACUUUGGCGGCACUCAAAGCCAUAGGUUGUUUUUUGAAUGAGCCUGUUUCAUAUUCUGUAGUCAACCCAGUAGGGAUGUUUAUAAUCUCACAGUCAUCGGGCAUUCUUGAAACAACUGGUAUCCCCUUUGACCGAGAGGAACAGGAUGUUUAUGAGGUAGUGGUGAAGGUAGAAGACAUGCGAACUCCGCCCAGGACCGCAACCACCCAGGUCAAGGUUUUUAUAGAUGACGUCAACGACAACGCUCCACAGUUUCUAAACUUGCCUUUUUCAAUGAUGAUUUCUGAAACCUCUGAACCAGGAGAUGUCUUGUAUCAAGCGACUGCCAUUGACCGAGAUCUGGGAGAGAAUGGGUCCAUCAUGUACUCACUGGAGGAGGACUACGACCUCUUCAGGAUAGAUCCUGACGUAGGCGAUGUGUCCCUCCAGAGGCCUUUUGACUUUGAAGCUCUUAACAAGUAUGUGUUGACAGUCUUGGCUACAGACGACGGCGAGCCCGGUCACAGCACAACGGCGCAGCUCAGCGUUCAAGUGAGGAAUCAAACCAACCCCGUUUUCCAGACCCUUCUGUAUCCGCUGAAAGUGCCUGAAAAUGUCCCCCCAUUCACCACCAUCCUACACGUCCAGGCCAGGAAUCCAGAAGGCUAUCGGCUCAUCUACAACCUUGAAGAGGAAAACGCCUCACAGCACUUUCACAUCGAUUUCAAAACCGGUGUUUUGACCGUCGCCGACCCCCUCGACUACGAGAGCCAAACCAUGCAUGUGUUGACAGUCCGCGCCACUGACUCUGUGACCGGAGCUUUCUCUGAGGCCUCCGUUGAAGUAGAAGUAGAGGAUGUGAACGAUAACGCGCCGGCUUUCUCAAAGAUAACGUACACCGUGACCGUAGAGGAGGGUCUCCCAAUCGACACCUCUGUGAUACAACUUUCUGCCUCUGAUAUGGACUCUGGCAGAAAUAAAGAGCUAACUUUUCAGAUGGUGAAAACGGAGAGUAACGAGACGGAUUUCUUUGCGAUAGACUCUCAUAGCGGGUUGAUUGUCACAAAACAGGUGCUGGACCAUGAAAACACCAAACACUUUCAUUUGAAGAUCAAAGCCACCGACAAUGGCACCGUUCCUCUUAGUAGUGAAGCCCACGUCUUCAUAAAUGUCAUCGAUGUCAACGACAACCCGCCAGACUUCGUGAGCUCCCAGUAUGACGCCUCUCUGGAUGAAAUGGCAAGGUGUGGCCACAUAGUCAUCAAAAUACAAGGUUCAGAUCCGGACUCCGGGGCCCUGGAUAACCUCAAGUACAAAAUCCUCUCAGGGAACGAAGGCCGCUACUUCAACAUCAAUGAAUCCUCAGGAAUCAUCUCCUUUUCUAAUGUCUGUAAGAGGAAUCUGGAUCCAUACUACAACCUGACGGUGGCGGUGUCUGACGGAGUGUUUCAGAAAACAGCACCAGUGAACAUUGACAUGAUAAACAGCAACAGGCAUAGUCCGCACUUCAAGCAGAGCAUCUACGAAGCCGAGCUGGCUGAGAAUGCAGAGGCAGGAACUCGGGUGAUCCGAUUGGCGGCCAUUGAUCCUGACGACGGCCCAUACGGCAGCGUUGACUACACCAUCAUAAACAAACUUGCUGAUGAGAAGUUUGCCAUCGACAUUGAUGGGCAGAUUGUUACGACACAGCCGUUAGACAGAGAGAACCCGGCCCAGAGAGUCAUAGCCAUCAAAGUGAUGGCUAAAGAUGGUGGCGGUAAAGUGGCCUUUUGCACGGUCAAGAUUAUCCUCACGGACGAGAAUGACAACGUUCCUCAGUUCAAAGCGUCAGAGUACCAGGUUUCAAUUCAGUCAACUGUGAAUAAAGGCUCCCCCGUGAUCCAAAUCAUGGCUUAUGAUGCAGAUGAUGGCAAAAACGCAGAUGUCACCUACACAGUCGAUGAAGCCGAAGAGGUGACCGAAGACAUCAUCGAGAUCAACCCUUUCACCGGAGUCGUGAGCGUCAAAGAGAGUCUUGUUGGCAUGGAGAACAAGAUCUUCAACUUCAAAGUCAAAGCUCGCGAUGGCAGCGUUCCUUUCUAUAACUCCACAGUCCCCGUUCAACUCAGAGUGGUUCCUCCUGAGGUUCCUCUCCCGAAGUUCUCAGAGCCUCUCUACACCUUCUCGGCCGCAGAGGACAUCCCCGUCGGGACGGAGGUCGGCUCGGUGAGGGCGGCCUCCGACAUGCCGCUUAUUUACAGCCUGGUGAACGGGAACACUGUGGAGAGCAACAAAGACAAAGUGUUCAGUUUGGACAAAGAAAGCGGAACUUUGCUGUUGCAGAAGACCAUCGAUCACGAAAAGACAAAAUGGUAUCAGAUAGAUGUGAUCGCCCAAGGGAGCCACAACGGGACCGAUGUGGCGUCCUUGGUGUCGGUCAGCAUCCAGGUCCAAGAUGUGAACGAUAACCAGCCGGUGUUUGAGGCAAACCCAUACAGGGCCUUCCUGGCUGAGAACAUGCCUGCUGGAACCACUGUUAUUCAGGUGACCGCCAACGACCCGGACAUGGACACCAACGGUCGUGUGACCUACAGCCUGGAGUCUCUACCGGUCGGCGCCGCGGUUGACGCCUCUGAGGUAUUCUCCAUCGAUGGAGACAGCGGCUGGAUCACCACCAUGCAGGAGACGGACUGCGAGGCCACCAGGGUUUACCGGUUCAACGUGGUCGCCACGGACCACGGCGGCGACGUCAAGCUGUCCUCCAGCGUCCUGGUGGAGGUGACGGUGAUGGACGAGAACGACAACCCGCCGAAGUUCUCCGACGACGUGUACCGAGGCUCGGUGGUGGAGAACAGCAACCCCGGCGAAGUCAUCCUCUCCAUGACGACCACGGACGCAGACGUGUCGCUGGAGAACCGCCUUGUGACGUGUUACAUCACAGACGGGGAUCCUUUGGGCCAGUUUGCCAUCAUCCAGGAGGACGAGGGCGAGUGGGGUUUGAUCGCGAAGGAAUCUCUGGACCGAGAGACCAAAGACAGAUACACGCUCAAAGUCAUGGCCACCGAUGGGAAGUCUGAGGCUCCGGUUACCGUGGACGUCCACGUCCUGGACAUCAACGACAACAGUCCGCAGUGUGAACAGCUGGUGUACACAGAGGUGGUGAUGGAAAACUCCCAGUCCAGCACGUUUGUUCUGAAGGUUUCGGCCUCGGACCCGGACGUGGGAGCCAACAGACAGAUCUCCUACACCCUCCACGGACCCAACUCAGACAAGUUCCAUCUCAACCAGAGGACAGGUGAGCUGUUCACUCUGGCCCCGUUGGACCGAGAGAAGGAGGUCGAGUACAACGUGGUGGCGAAGGCGACGGACGGCGGCGGCCGUUCGUGUCAGGCCGACAUCCGGCUCACGAUCCAGGACAUGAACGACAACCCGCCCCUCUUCUCCUCCAGCCACUACGAGGUCACCGUGUUCGACAACACCACCGUCAGGACUCCCAUCGCCGUCAUAUACGCCAAGGACCCGGACACCGGUAUAAACUCUGAGGUGAAGUACUCCCUCCUGUCGGGCGACAGCGGCUACUUCUCCCUGGACGAGUUUUCUGGGAUUCUGCGACUGGAGCGACCCCUGACCCCAGAAGCUUCGCCCACCUUCGAGCUGAAGGUGAAGGCCACCGAUCGCGGGCUGCCUCGCCAUCUCUACUCCGUCGCCACGGUGACGGUGGACGUGGUCUCCCUGGACGACUACCAGCCCGUCUUCCUGAGCUCGGAGUACACCGCUCAGAUCCCAGAAUCCCUGGCGGUCGGGUCGGAGGUGCUGAGCGUCUCGGCGCUGACGAGAGACGGCGGAGGGCCGGACCCCAUCGUCUACCGGAUCAUGUCGGGCAACGAGGACGGACGCUUCCUGCUGGACACACGGACAGGCCUGCUGACCCUCGUGGCCCCGCUGGACUUCGAGGUUUCCCGGGAGCACUACCUGUCCGUGGAGGGAAAUCGUGGCAAGUCGUCCCUCAGCGACAUCACCACGGUCAUCAUCAACGUGACGGACCUGAACGACAACGCGCCGGUGUUCGGACGAGGCGACUACAGCGCUGAGAUAUUGGAGGAUCUGACGCCUGGAAGCCUGGUGAUGAAGGUAACAGCCAGUGAUCGGGACGGUCCCAUCAACAACCUGCUGCGUUACUCCGUCGUGAGCGGGGAUCCUCUGCAGCAGUUCUCUAUUCACCCUCGCAGUGGAGAAAUCACUGUCCGCACUGCUCUGGACAGAGAGGAGGUGCCUCAUUACUCUCUGACGGUGCAGGCAGCAGAUGAAGGUGAUCCUCCUCUGUCCUCGGCCGUCCUCAUCACCAUCACUGUCAACGACGUCAACGACAACGCACCCUUCUUCUCCCAGGUCAACCACAGUCUGCUGCUGCAGGAGGGCGAGUCGGUGGGCAGCGGCGUCCUCCAGCUGGUGGUGACGGACAGAGACACGCUCAGGAACGGGCCGCCCUUCUCCAUCCACAUCGUCAGCGGCAACGAGGACCGCCGUUUCCACGUCGACCAGGGCGGCCUGCUGUCGCUCUCUGCUCCGCUCAGAAAGAAGGUCAAACCCCAUCACCAGCUCAAGAUACAGGUGACGGACAGCGGCCACCCCCCCCUCUCCUCCAUCUGCGUGGUCAACAUCAACGUCACCGAGCAGAGCAAGUACCCCCCCUCCGUCGUUCCCCUGGAGGUCUUCAUCACCACCUCCAGUGGGCUGUUUGCCAACCGGGUCAUCGGCCGGCUGCACGCCUCGGACCAGGACCUGCAGGACGUCCUGACCUACAGGCUGGUGUCAGAACACCCGGACGGGGGGAGGUUCUCCGUCGACCUCGCCGACGGCAAGAUCUGGGCAGACGAGAACCUGAAGGAGGGUUCCUACUCGCUCAACGUCAGCGUGACGGACGGGAAGUUCAGCGUCUACACCGGGGUCAAAGUUCACGUGUGGGCGGCGGACCAGAGGGCGCUGGACUCCGGUGUGACGCUGCAGCUGGACGAUUUGUCUCCGGAGGAGUUUCUGGGCGACCACUGGAGAGGCCUGCAGCGCUCCUUGGGACAAGCUCUGGGUUUACCCAGACAGGAGCUCCAGCUGGUCAGCCUGCAGCAGAUACCCGACGCCCAGAUCCUGGAGGCCCUGCUCAUCUGGAGGCCCCCGAGUGGACCCGCCCAGAAUCUGCCAACCAACAGACUCGCAGGUGUCAUAUCGGACAUCGAGGACUCUCUGGGCCUCAGCAUCCUCAGGGUGAGCCACAACGGGUGUCUGGGUACCGGCUGUCCGCCCCGAGGCUGCAGGAACGCCGUGCGUCUGACGACAGAGAGACUGAGCCAUUUCACCACCGCCAGAGCCGCUUACAUCACCCCGAGACACAGCUGGGAGAGCGUCUGCCCCUGUAACGAGUCUGCAGUGAGGUUCGAUGGUAAAUCUUACCUGAAGUACCUUCACCGGAUGGACGAAGACAACCAGGACUUCAAACUGUCACUGAGGUUCAGGACCUUCCAGGAUCAGGGCCUCAUUGUGUCCACCAACAGCACCAAGGACUCGGGGACUUUACAGCUGACGGAUGGAGAGCUUCACUUCAGGUUCAGCUGUGGAAACACUUCCCCCGGUUCGUUGCUGAUCAGAUCUGAUCCGGUGUCAGACGGCCGGUGGCACAGCGUCCUGCUGGAGGUCAACUCCAGCGCCCUGCGGCUGACCCUGGACCAGCAGCGUCCGGCCUCCAUCACCCUGACCGAGCCGUGCCGGAUGUUGAGCUCCCACGGCGCUCUGCUCUUCGCCUCUUCGGAUCGGGACUCUGCCACUCCAGAGAUCCACCGGCACCCUCAUAACUUCACCGGCUGCCUGGAGGCCCUGGAGCUCAACGGGGAGCCGAUCCGAGUGGGGGACGCGUCGGAGUGGGCCGGGUCGGGGAGCAGACGGGUGUUUGGGGUUUACCAGUGCUGCAGCAGGGCCGGAGCCUGUGACGAGGACCCCUGUCAGAACCAAGGGGUCUGUGAGGAGGACGCCGGCGGAGAGCCGCGCUGCAGGUGUGCUGGACUCUUCCACGGCGCCCGCUGUGAGCUGGCCGACAACCCGUGUGCCUCCCAGCCGUGUGACCAGGGCCGGGUGUGCGUGCCCAAACCUCAAGGUUACAUGUGCAACUGUUUGCCGGACAACACGGACUCACGGUGUAACAAUCAGACAGAGUGUUGGCCCAAUCCGUGUCCUGAAGGCUUUGACUGUAAAGUCACUGACGGCUCCAUCCACUGCGACCCGUAUCCAGCGGUGUCUCCAAUCAUCGGCUACGUGGAGAUCAUGGAGAUCAGUGCCAGCGUGCUCGGGUUGCUCUUCUUGGUCGGCGGCUUCGUUUGCAUCAGGAAACGUUACGUUCAUCAGCAGAAGAAUAAAAAGCCCAUCUGUGUCCAGGACUCCAACGGAUACUUCCAGCCCAGUCUGGCCAAGAACCUCAAAUCCAACAACCAGGAAGUCGAGAUGACCUCGCUGGUCGGUCCCAUCAACGACCUCGACAACACGCCGUUCAGGUCUCUACGCCCACGCAGUCAGAUCGUUUCAUCGGGAGGCGGGGUUUCCAUACCAAAGACGCAGGGGCCCGUGGUGUGCAGCGUUGCCCCAAACCUCCCCCCCAGGCCUCCGUCCAGCUCCGACAACGACUCCAUCAGGAAGAACCACUGGGACAUGGACUACGAAGUCUACCCAGCAGACCCGGACUACUACGGGCGCCCAGCGGUCCAGGAGUUCCCCCAGUUUGACAUCGUAGAGGACACCUACACCCCGUCCACCCUGGACUCCCGCAGGAACUCUCGAUUCGGCGGCUUCCCGUUCCCACUGGACCGCUGCGACCGCCGGGCCCCGCUGCCACCCUGCUACAGCAGCCAGAACCUGGACGACUUCCUGGGCCCCGACGGGCUCCCGCUCCCCAGCUCCCAGUGCCCCAACGAGUACACCGCCAUCAGCUACUACCCCACCCAGCACACCCGCAGUCUGGAUAACGUCCAGGGCGGCUACAAGAGGCUCAGCAUGCGUCUGAGCGUGGCCAUGCCGUCGUACGCGGAGCAGGCCGAGCCGCCGCCGGCACCGAACCAGGCCCAGCCUCAAACCAGACCGGCGGGGCCGAACCCACGCAGCUACGACGGCUCCAGCAUGGUGGAGAGCGAUUAUGGGAGCUGUGAGGAGGUCAUGUUUUAAGACCACGCUUCAUCUCAGAGCCUACGUUCUUUUUUUUGUUUGUGGCGGUUUGCGUCCUUUUUCAGUGAUUAUUCACUUUGAAUUUCA